UAGGACAGCUCAGAUUUUAUAGGGCAUCUUGUGUUCUCUUGAUUUAACAAAGUCUCUAAACUUUGUUUCUAUGCCAUUUAUAUCUAACAGGGCCCAGGGCCCAUUCGGUGAGUUGGAAGGAUGCCUGGCAGGCCUAAAGUUAACAGAACUCCCAGCAUGAGCAGAGAGAUGGAGGCAUGGAGUGUCGGGAGUGAGCCGAUUGGAAUGCCUUGCAGCCGGAUUUAGCACCAGCUCCAUAGCUGGAUUCAGACUGUCCCUAAAGGCCCACACAUUAGAGGUCCAUCCACGAGAAGAGCUUCUGAGGGGUAUACAACCUUUAAAAGGUUUAGCAUCAGGUUUUAGGCCAUUGGGGGUGUGCCCUUGAAAGGGGUUUUGGAAACCAGUCUUUUGGUCUCUCUUUUUCUUUUCCAAGAUGCGAGUCAAGAAAUUUGCUCUGCUAGGCUCUCCUGCCAUGGUAUAGUGACUUGCCACAGGCACACAGGCAAAUCGCCUUAGUGACCAUGGAUGGAAACCGAGCCCAAGCAAAUCUUUCUUCUUCACGAGUUGAUUAUGGCAAGUAUUUUGUCACAGUAACAGGAAGCUGACUAUACUGUCAACACCAGCCUCCCCGUACCCUGGCAAUUUCAUCCUAGACUUUUGUAGACAGGAGAAAUAAGAAGGGAAGCCUUCAAAACACUUUUAGAAUCAUAUUCAUUUCUAGCUGGAAUCAACCCCAUUGUUCAUCAACAGGCGAAUAGAUGAAGACCUUAUGGCAUAGUCAAAAGCAUUGACACAUGAGGAGGUGCUGCGCAGGCACCACUCAGUGGAGGAGAGAGAGAGCGCCCCAGCUUGACUCUCCCAUCCAAGAACAGAUGAGGUUCAAUGACCCCGAGCUGACUGCAGACAUGGCCCAGGUAUAACCAUGUGAAAAUCACAGGACACACACCUUGUGCAGAUAUACUUGUGUGCCUCCCAGCUGAUGCCACACACCACAUGCCACAUGUUAGAUGACAAGAAAACACAACAGCAGCGAGGCGUUCAGAAAAGUUCCAAAAGCCUGGGAGGUCUGACGGAGGCCGAGGGAGUCUGGGGCCACCGUCAGCUGCACUGGUCAGGGUUUCUACAACCUAGGACAGGAGGGCCAUAGAUGCAGCUGGGGGCAGGACCUGAGUCAGAAGAGGCAUGGGUAUAGAGAAGGGGACUAUUGAGACCAGCUAAUGGCUACAGAACCCGAGGGACUGAACUGAUCCCCGGCCCAUGAUUGUGUGAUGGGGGACCUGGGGAGGAGCCAGUUUAAUCAAAGAAGAAAUAUAAGUCGUCUGGUGGAAGAUGACUAGGCAGCACCUAGGAAGGGCUGGCUGGUCCUGGCACAGCGUGGGUCAGACAGAGGGAGGAGGAUGAGAUGAUGGAAGGGACCUGGCAAACCAGGGAGGAAAGAGCUGGAGUGUGCUUAGCGGGGCUGCCUGGCCAAACCCAACAGGGAGAGCGAGAACAGAGCAAGGCAGAGACAGAAGGGAGGUGGGAGCUGCAGCGAAAAGCAGCUCUUGGCAUCCAAAAAGGAAUACUGGCAAUACCGAGCCUGCCUGUGACUUGGCCAGCGUGCUUGAUAAACCACUUUCUUUCACCUGUCCCAAAAGGCAUUGCCUGUAUCGGGCUUACAGCUCAGGCGCUGAGAUGUCACGAGUGUAGUACCACCGCAGGAAGCUGCUACAACCCUAGAUCUUGCAGCGACAAGAGCCGCUAUUGCUUGACCACCUGGUAUGCACCCCCAGGCCAGCAAACGCUCAUUACAAGAACAUGUGGAUUUACCUGUCCCGAUGUCCUUCAGAACCAGAAUAACUCCAAGGCCUCCUGCUGCAACACAGACCUCUGCAACAGUACCGUGAGCCUUCACGCGAGCUGGGUGCUGCUGAUCCUCAGUGUCUGCUUUAUCUAUCUCAGCCGAUAAGAGCAGAACUCCCACGUAGGCUUAGACGCUGCUGCUCAGAGCCAGGUGUCAUCAUGUGACUGAAAUGUUUCAUAGCCUUAGGUGUGGUACUUCUACUCCAGUCAGAAGGAUUCUAAGAGAGAAUGUUCACUGAGUACAAUCACAAGAGCUGAAGAUGGGGGCCCUGGAGCCGGACCACAGGCAGAGGCUUUAGGCUGAAGGAGACCCUCGCCACUGUCCAGGGUGCUGUAUGUGGCGCUCUGUCUCCAAGGUCGCCAUCUGCUGGCCUCCAAGUGCUGGUGCAAGGAAGACAUCAUGGCUGUGAAUCUGUUACCGGGGAUUGUGGAAGGCCACCCAGGAGGCGAAGUGAACUGUUUGGGGGGCUUCUUCUUUUCAUAUAUCCCACGGCUCCCUCCUUGCAACUACCUCAGAGGACCUGAGUCUGAGCAUCACCACUUCAAAAGAGCUGAGCUCCACUGCAUGUUACCUGCUGAUUCCUGAACCGGUAGUGAAGUUUGCUGCUUUAACCUGAGUUCAAAGAUUCCUGGCAAAUGAAAACCCUGCAGAGAGGCCCCCAGUCCGGCUGUGGGCGAAGGGCAGAUGCUGGAACAGUUUCUCCUUGAACAAGGCGUAGGUCAACCCUGGUAUUAGCACAGUUGUUAUGUGCGAUGCCAUCUAUGUAGCCUACAGCCCCCAGGAUCCCUUACCCUUCGGAUGGACCCUGAGGAUUCUAUUCUAGGAUGACAAGAAUCUCAUCAGGACUUCAGGAGCUUCUGUGAUCUCCAGUCUAUUCGGAAACAAAGGACAGUCACAAUUGGGAGGGUGAGGGCAGGCUUUGUCCAGCUGUGAAGCCUGAGGGAUUUCUGCUGUGGAAUAAUCCUUCUGCAUGUUGUGAACAUGUGUUGUCCUCAUUGUUAAUAAAAAUGAACUGGCCGAUAGCUAGGCAGGGCUUUCAGGGCAGAGAGAAUGCCGAAAAGAAGGGCAGGGUCUGAGGAGUCUUGAACCAGAUGUGGAACAUGGGAAGUUCAUAGAUGAGGGAAACAAACCUUGGAACAGCAAUAGAUUAAUAGAAAUGGGUUAAUUUCAGUUGUAAGAGCUGGUUUAAGAUAAGCCUAAGCUAUUGGUC